AUUAGAACACGCAGAUAUCGAAACGAAAAGCUAUUCGAAAAUCCCCAAAAAAAUAAAUCUCUUAAAUCUUCUAACAAGACAACCAAAAAAAUCAAAUCCAUUAGACACAAAAAAGAUAUUAGAAAUUGUAAAAAUAAAAUUGGAAAAGUGUUUCAAAAGGAAAAUCGAUUUUUUUUCAAGUUGAAAUUUUCAAAAUUGUGCCAAAUAGUGCGCGAUAAACGAUAAAAUCGAUAAACAAAUAUCGUUAACAAGCAAAGCCCAAAUCCCAUAAUGGGUAAUGCCGGAUAUACCUGCAUACGCCGCACUUUCUGUUGGCUGAACAUUAUACUUUGGCUAUGCAGUUGCGCCUUUCUGGGCGCCGGCCUGUGGUUGCGUCUCAGCUACGAGGGAUAUGCCACACUCUUGCCGCAGCACGCUGGCCUCAGUGCCGACACCAUCUUCAUGGCCAUCGGUGGCACCGGGUUCGUGGUGAGCUUCUUCGGAUGCUGCGGCGCCUGGGUCCAGUCUCGUUGUCUUCUGGUAUUGUACUUCAUGCUGAUUGUGAUGCUGUUCAUGAGCGAGUUCCUGGUGGGCUCGAUCGCCUUUCUCUUCCGCGGCGGCCUGGGACGGACUCUGGCCAACGAGCUGCGCUUCGGGAUCGAGCGUCAUUAUAAUGCCAGUGAUCGUGGCUCCCUGGUGGCGCCCUCGGUGGCCUCCAUCUGGGACAGUGUGCAACAGUCGUUCGAGUGCUGCGGUGUGUCGUCGUAUGAGGACUGGUAUGACAUCCAGUCGUGGCAGGGAAAGCGCUGGGUGCCCGAGUCCUGUUGCAGGAUGCUCUACGAUCAGCGUCAGGUGCUCACCGAAGGAUCAGGAGAUGGACUGAUACGCCCCGAUUGCGGACGAUCGGAAAACCCCGCGUUGUGGUGGGACAAGGGCUGUGCCCAUUCCCUCCAGAGCUGGUUCACCGGACAAUUGAAUGUAGUUGGGGCAGUGGGUUUGGGUAUCGCCUUUGUCCAGCUCUUUGGACUGAUCACCUCGAUGCUGCUCUUCUGCACGGUGAAGCACAAGCGAUCCUCGGACACCUACAAGUCCUAUUCCCCCUCGAUCGAUCCCCAGACCCGUACCAGCAGUUGGGAGGAUUGAACUCACCUUUAGGCUAACAACUAUCUAAAACAUCAAUAUCUUCCCAUUAGUUUGGUUCUAUUUUUUUUAGUUUUUAGCUUCUGCAAAAUGUGCCAAAAAUUAAUUUAAUUAUUACUACUUUUUUUUUUGUUUUUUGUUGUAAUUUUUAGGCGAAAAAAAAAAACAAAACAUAUCGAACAACAAAAUUGUUUGGAGGCUUUCUUGGGCAAUCUCCAGUGUGAACACACUCACAAAAAAUACAGUGUUGUUUAGGUAGCGGUGUAUCCAUAUUGUGAUGUGCUCUCUAGUAGUUAAUAGUUAAGAGUUUGAGGCCCUAAUACCCCCCGGAAUUUGGGCCUCAAAACUCCAGUAUGUAAUCCUUUAAAUCAAUAUAUCAAUUAUACAUAAACCUACAAAUACAAUUAUAUAUAUUUAUAUGUUAUAUUAUUAAAACAAACAGUAUAGAAGAGAAACGAACAACAACAACAACUGCCUGAAAAGCAAAAACUGAAGACGAAAAACGAUAACGAAGAGGCGGAAAAGGUGACGAAAGCUAUUACGAAUAUAAUUAUUUUAUUUAAACAUACGUAUAUAAUAUAUUAUAUUUAUAUUUAUAUUUAUAUCGAAUUGCAUUCCUACACAACAUGUUCGUGCUAAGUUACAAAUAAAUUAAAGUAUUUAUUUAAAUUACAAA